AUGGUGCGCGCGCCGCCGCGGCCGCCGCCGUGGCGCGUCGCGCGCGACUACUUUCGGAACCACCCGCUGAACAAGAAAUGGAUCCGCGUCGCCGCGCUCGCGGGCAUCAUCCUCUUCUGCCGGUUCGGCCUCGAGCAGUCGAUAACGCGCACGAUCCUCGUCGCGUUCGCGUUUCGCUUUCUCAUCCAGAAGGACACUACCAACCCUGGUCACCAUCACCGCGACGGUCGUCGACGCGACCGUCGCCCGCCGGCGACCCCGGAAUUCGAACUCCUCGAGCGCGAGCGUCUCGAGCUCACGGAGAGCAGCGCGCUGACGCGCGAGCAGCGCGCGGAGCGCGUCGUGAACUACGACGAGCGCUCGUACGGGUUCGUGCGGCUCGCGGAGGACGCGAUCCGCGCGGCCGAGGCGAGGAACUCGCUGCGACUCGCGCGGCUCCACGACGACGACGACGACGACGACGCGAACGCCGAACGCCGCCGCCCGAUGCUCGAGCGCUUACACCUCGCCGCGACCGAGCACGCGCUGUCCUCGCAGACGCCGACCGGGAACCCGUUCGUCGCGGCGCUCGUCUCCGAGGUGCGAUCGUCGAGAGCGUUCGCGGUCGCGCUGCGCGAGUUUAUCCGAGAGGAAGUUUGCCCCGCGCUGGGCGUUAAGCGCGUCGCGUAUCAACGCAAACCGACGUUCCGCGUCCACCUCGCGGGCGCGCCCGCGCAGGGGAUGCCGCACGCGGACGGGCUGCAUCCGCACAACCGGCAACCGAACGAGGUGAACGUGUGGGUGCCGCUGACGCGCGUCGGCGCGUGGGGCGGCGGCGGCGGCGGGGGGGACGGCGGGGACGGCGGAAAAAAUCAUCCGUCGACGAACUCGCUCGUGUGCGAGAGCGAACCGGGCGCGCGCGACUUUCACCCGCUCGUCGCCUCCCCCGGACAGUUCGUGAAGUUUUACGGGUGCGCGUGCUGGCACUUCACGACGAGGAACGACACGGACGUCACGCGGGUGAGUUUCGACGUGCGCGUCGUGCCGUUUCGUCUGCACGACGACGACCGCCCGGGGCCGUCGAAGGCGGGGAAGGGUCGAGGCGGGAAGCCGCUGCGGCUGGGCGAGCACUACGUCGACUCGGACGCGCCGUUGGACUAUUAA